AUGUUCGACUCGGAAGCAGAGCGGUUUGUGCCGCCAGAUGUAUUUGAUCUCGUGCUGGAUAGGCUCAAUGAACUCUCAGUCUACUCCAUACUGGACUAUGUGCACUUGAUUGGGGCGCUGGACGUUGAGUGUUUGAAAAGAUGCAUAUCGAACAAACUGACGUUCGUCAAUUACACAACCAAGACUCUGGCAGCAAUGCAUGCACUAAAAUGCACCGGUGUGCUGCUGAAUGAGUCGGCCCAAUUCGGCGUUGCAACAAGCGCAGCAACAAGCGCAGCAACAAGCGCAGCAACAAGCGCAGCACAGAAGCGAGUGGUGUAUCAGCUGGACGAGCACAGCGAUCUGACACUGAUGCCGCCUCCCACAGACGACGAGACGCUGGAAGCUGUGUACUGCGGGAGCGCAGAGAACCUGGUUGACUUCGUCAGUGACUUUUUGCAGGAGAUUUCACUUCGCGACUACCAACAUAACAAAACACAUCUGAUUGUCGAUUUGCCGGACGAAUCGCUACACGCCGGUGUCGACUUGUUCGGAGUGCUGAAACCGGCACAGCUUUGGAACAUCGAAAACGAGAUUAUCAUUUCGUUCCCCUGCGUAAAAGAACUGAAGAUCGACUACCUAGCCCUGGAUCGCUUCGUCUACGAAACCUUCCACCAAGGGGAGAAGAAAGACACAAACAAGAUUCUGAGUGCCCUCCUAGAUAGAACACAAUGGAACACGCCGGUGCUCGAAUCGCUCGUCUUUGUGGACAAGCGCGACCGUGAGGCGUGCAAUUUCAUCGAUCUGUCCACCUUGAUGCUGCGCAAGUUCCAGCAUGCAUCCAAGCAGAAGCUAUCACGAAUCCUGCAAAUCCACUCUUUUUCCAACUGGAACAUGCCUCGAAUCCAUUUUUUCUCCGGCCACCGCUUCAAAUUUGACGAAACGGCAAUGAGCAGGGCCACCGCAGAUGAAGUAUCUGCAUCGCUGCGUGAAAACAUCUCACUGUUGCGUCGGAUGGCCAUCAAUGACACCAUUGACGCAACGCCGUAUCACCGUGUUACACUGAUUCCAGCCGGGGUCAGAGCAUCCCGGAUCGUUAACUGGGUUUCUACGGCCCAGGUGCCGCUGUUUGCUCUCAGCAGCCACGAGCUAGAACAUUUAGAUUUGCAAUUGCUCAACCACAACAACGCUGCUACGCUAGUCAUCCAGGGCCUGUAUCUCCCUCGACUAUCGUCUCUUCUGCUACUAAGGCAAAGCUGCACCAUCGCCCAGUUCGACAGCGUCCCAAGUGACUGGAAAAAUAAUUGCAUCCAAGACCAGGGACAGAACCAGAACCAGAUCGUUCCGGUAACUUUUUCCUCCUGGAACGACCUAGCCAACUGCCAGCGAGUAACGAUCUGCGACACAGGGGGCGCAACCCAUAGCGAACCGAGCUACAACCCUAGAAAGGGCAUCCACGGCGAACAUCACGGAGAUAAUCGCUACGUCUUCACAAUAAAGAACCUACAAAGUGUUUUGCCAAGCUGCAAUUUGGCAAGCAGCUUCGAGACGUUCGUAAACGACGAACAGCAAUAUAUAGUAAUAUAG